AUGACAACAGCAGCUUCGAGCAACCAACGUCCGAGAGGGCCUUUGACCUUGAUGCGCCUCCCGGACGAGAUCCUCCAGCACAUCCUCACGUUUUGCCCCCCGUCCGACCUUCUUCUGAACAUCCAAAGUGUGACCAAAAGGUUUCACAGAUUGGCUGCCGAGCCUCUGCUCUGGAGACACCAUUGCCGAGCAGAGUUCAAGUACUGGGAGCCCAAACACCAAAUCCAGCAGAAAUUCCAAGCGAACGUGGGAGAUGUGGACUGGAAACGUCUCUACGCCCACCGGAGAAAGGUUGAUAUCACGACAACCGCCCUUCUCGACCGUAUCCUCGACCGCCAGACGGACAGAAUAUCCAACUUCCAGUGCAUCUCGGAAUACGGAUACGAUGCAAAAGAUGUUCUGUUACGGCACUGUCGGACUGAUGAAUCGGCUGAAGAUGUUCUCGCCAGACGAUACUAUGCUACUUCGGUUCUCGAUCAUCUACAUCGAGCAAAAGCUUUGGCUGAGUGGAACCGAAUCGCUAAUGGCGAAGAUGUUCCCCUUGAACGAGCCUUGGGAAGCUUCGAUUUAUUCGUUUUGCACGACCACCAAGGUGACUUAUUGGAGAUAGCAGAGAUCUUGGACCGUCUUGCGUCUCAGUUCCGCUCCGAGUGCCCUGGAGCAGACGAGCUUUCGGUGAGAGACAAAGCCAUUGCAGCUGUGAGAUUUCUACGAACUCACAACCUCACUGGCCUCUCCUCGGAACGGGCAUACAGGGACCUGCAGAACAACUACAUCGGCGUUGCUCUCCUGGACCAACAGCACCCCUCUUUACCACUGAUCUCUGUUGCAAUCUUCUGUGCCCUGGCCCGGAGACUGGGCCUCGACGCCCGGUGCUGCGGUAUGCCGAGCCAUGCGCAUGCCAUGGUCCUGGCUCCUGGUGGCGAAACGCUGGAUGGUCGGCCCUUGGCACCAGGUACAAGACCUGCAGAGCCCAUGUAUCUGGAUCCCUAUCGAUCAGACCGGGAGGUCACGCUUGCAAGUCUCCAUACGAUGCUCAACGAGUGGGGAGUUCAGCAGAUGCAGUUCGCAGGGCUCCUCUCAGACUCGAGCACGGCAAACGUGGUGCUGCGCACAUCUCGGAAUAUCCUAGCCACCGUUCAGGAAUAUAGAGCACAUACUACAAGCACAGUAAGUACCCGUCAUCCGACUAUCCGGCUUCACGCCAACUCGUUCGCCGACCUGGACAACGCAUACUACUCCGCCCUUUGGGCACAGUACAUCUUCGGAAACCCAUCUCGGAGGCUAGCGGCUGCGGCCCAAAGCCAAUUCAUACCCCUCAUCGUAGAUAGGUUCGAACGGCUAUAUCCCAUGGAUGCUUGCCUCAUCGAACGCUAUGUUCUCCCCCUGCACGACAACCUGCCCAACGUCGAGCAAUGGCAGCUUCACGAGGCCCUCCGCGUCGUCCGUACCGCGGACCAGACACCAAAGCAGGUGCGCCGCCGCAACGCCGUAGCCUCCAUCGACGGCGUCCGAUACAAAAUCGGGCAGGUGUUCCGCCAUAGACGUUACGCCUACACAGCCGUCAUCACCGGCUGGGACAUUGAGUGUGAGACGAACACGGACUGGUUAGCGCAUAACAAUCUCGAUGAGCUAUCGAGGGGAAGGAACCAGAGCUUUUACCACGCUUUGUAA